AUGGAUCUAGCCAAUCAACUCCAAUACGCCCAUAUCAAAGAAGCCACACAUCACAAAAUACCACCAAGAAGACGUAGACGUCCUCCAUUCUCUUACUCAUCAUUAAUAGCUCAAGCUAUUUUAGAUUCACCUGAACAUAGAUUAACAUUACGUGAAGUUUACCAUUGGAUAAUGGAACGUUAUCCACAGUUAUAUAAAGCUGAUGAUACUGGUUGGCAGAAGAAGAUGAAGCCAGAGAUACAUUGA